UAAAGCAGCUGAGCCCCCCGCGAGCCUCCAUGUUCCGCACGCCAUGCACGCCAUGGGCCAGCCAGCUGCGUGCGCCGUUCUCGCGGUGCUCCGUCGGAGUAGCGCUGGGACAGAGGACGGGGGACUCAAGCGGGCUGCCACAUCUGCCGGUGAAGACCUUGGGCCGUUUGUUGGCGCAGCCUGGCGCGCUGAACUCUGUGGACUUUGAGCGUGCGGUGGGUUAUGCCAUGGCCAAGGUGGAGGACAUGGACGGCAAGGACUGCAUCCGCGUCCUGGGCGCCUUGUCGGAGUCCGCCACGCGCCCGGAGCUUCCGCAGCUCAGGGCGCUGGGGGCGCAGCUGUCGGAGCGCCUGGAGGACAUCUCCAACAGCGACCUGGCGGCCUUAGCCUCGAACUUGGCGCGUGUCUCGCAGCCCGUGGCCCCGGUCUUCGCGCGCCUCUCCGGCGCCUUUGGGCGCCGAGUCUCUGCGGCCAACCCCAAGCAGCUCACCGAGGUGGCCUCCGCCUUUGCGCGCGCGCGCCUGGCGGACCGCCGGCUCUUCCCGCGGAUGGCGCAGGCGGCGGUGAGGCAGCUCCACCUCUUCGGGCCGAAGGACCUGUCGGCCUUCGUGUCCUCCUUCGCGGCCCUGGGCUUGUGCCACGAGCCGCUGCUGGCGGCGGGGGCGCCGCUCUUGGCGUCGCUGGGCCCGCGGCUCGACGCGCUGGACCUGGCGUUGGUGGCCUUUGGCUACGCCCAGUUCUUCCUGGUUUUCCCCCCGGUGGUGGCCAUGCUCUCCCAGCGCCUGCCGGCCCGCGCCUCGGAGCUUCCGCCCGAGCGCCUGGCGGAGCUCGCGGUGAGCUGCGGACGGCUGCAGGUGGCGCCGAAGGAGCUGCUGGCGCUGUGGGCCAGGCAGCUGGAGCUGCGAGACCUCAGUCCGGAGCUCUUCGGCCAGGUGUCCAAGUCCUUGUCCCUGCUGGGCCUCGCCUCCUCCCCGCGCAUCCAAGCGCUGCUGGCUGCCGAGUGCCGCGCCCGCCUCAAGGACCUGGCCCCCGAUCCGGUGGAGGGCGCCUGGUGGGUGCUGGAUUUGUUGGAGUGCCUGGGACUGGCGGCGGAGGAUGCGCGCGCGAAGCACGGAGGCUUGGUGGUCGACUUCUGGGUGUUGGCCCUGGACGCCCUUUUGCCUGCCCUGGCCGGAGUGGUGGAAAGCCUUUCCCCGGAGGAGCUGGCCACCUGCUACCGCUCUUUGCGGCAGCUGCCGCCUUCCCUGGCGGCUUCAGCCGAAUCGGCCUCGAUUCGGGGAGCGGUGCAUCGGGGCCUGGCGCUGCGGAGCAUGGGCCUCGUGGCGGUGGAGGCUUUCGACUACGUGUUCCUCACCUCCGUGGUGUAUUCCCAGCUCUGCUUGUAUCCUGAGCUGUGCGGCUCGAACGCCAAAGACGCGGAGCCCGAGUCGGAGGUUUGGUCCAUGAUCUCCUCCAGCUUCUCCUCCGGUUAUGCCCGGUGGCGCGAACUGUCGCCGGGAGACAUCGAUGUCCACACAGAGUUCCAGGUGGCCGCCCUCUCCCUGCUGGAGACUGAGCCGUCGGACGUGCGCGUGGAGACUCGGCUCAGUGCCUCGAACCUGCGGCCGGUGGCGAUGGAGUUGCAGGAACUCCUCGGGGAGCUUGGCCAGAGCUGCCGCCAGUGCUGGGUGGGGCCCUUCGAGACCCUCCAAGCAGAAAGCACUGGCUUCUGCCUCAUGCCGGAGACUGCGUACUUCCGAUCCGGAGGCGAGGCGCUGGAGCUGUGUGCGGAGAGGGCCGCGGAGGUGCAGCUCGUGCGGCGGCACCGGCGGACGGAGGUGUUGAGCUUUGCGGCCUGGCGGCGCAUGGGCAAAGCCGCGCGCAGGGCCUGGCUGGAGCAGCGGCUCCCGGAGAAGCGAGCGGAGCAUAGAGAGAAGGCCUUAGAGAACUUGGCGCGGGCGCAGGAGAUCUUUCAAGACAAGGACAAUCAGCUGCAAGCCUGCCAAGCACGCUAUACCCAGGUGAUGAAGGCGCUUAAUGAGAAGCGAGCCAAGCGAGACCACCUCAAGGAUCAGGCGUGUGCAACAAGAUGA